AUUAACGCCCCUUAAACGUUAUUAAACGCCCCCCACCUCCUUCUUCUUCUUCUUCUUACAAGUCGCCGAAGCGGUCUUACUCAAUCCAAUAAGGCGGCAAAACCCCCCAAUUCAAUGGCGGCGCUUUCUCUCUCCUCCAUUGUCCCACCUGCCCUCUCCAGGUGAUAUAUCUGCUUCAGCUUUGUUCGCGAGGGGGAUUUCUUUUGGCAAUGGAAGAGAAGGGGCAGCUCAAGCGAGCCGUCAUUGAUACAACGGCAGGUUUAAUCGCCGGCGGAAUAUCGCGAACGGUUACUUCGCCGCUAGAUGUUAUUAAAAUUAGAUUCCAGGUUCAACUCGAGCCCACGACGUCAUGGGCUUUGGUUCGAAGAAAUUUGUCUGAACCAUCAAAAUAUACUGGGAUGUUUCAAGCAACAAGGGAUAUCUUCAGAGAGGAAGGCUUACGGGGUUUUUGGCGUGGAAAUGUCCCAGCUUUACUUAUGGUUAUGCCGUAUACUGCGAUACAAUUUACGGUGUUACACAAGUUGAAAACAUUUGCUGCUGGUUCUUCCAAAACAGAGGAUCACAUUCAUUUGAGCCCCUAUUUGUCUUACGUCAGCGGAGCAUUAGCGGGUUGUGCAGCUACUGUCGGCUCAUAUCCAUUUGAUCUUCUAAGAACCUUAUUAGCUUCACAGGGCGAACCUAAGGUGUAUCCAAAUAUGAGGUCUGCGUUGGUUGAAAUAGUUAAAAAUCGUGGCUUUCGAGGGUUGUAUGCUGGACUGUCGCCAACACUUGUUGAGAUUAUACCCUAUGCAGGCUUGCAAUUUGGUACCUAUGACACGUUUAAGCGCUGGACCAUGGCGUGGAACCGGUACAGAUCCUCUAAUAUAAACCCGCACGGUAGAGAAGAUGGUCUCUCGAGCUUUCAGCUUUUCCUCUGUGGUAUAGCAGCCGGGACAUGUGCCAAACUUGUCUGUCAUCCACUUGAUGUGGUCAAGAAAAGAUUCCAGGUUGAAGGACUACAGAGGCACCCAAGAUAUGGGAAACCAGUAGAGCACCGUGCUUAUAGCAACAUGUAUGACGCCUUGCGAAGAAUAUUGCAGAUGGAGGGCUGGGCUGGUCUCUAUAAGGGAAUAGUCCCAUCAACCGUCAAAGCUGCACCUGCCGGUGCAGUGACAUUUGUGGCAUAUGAAUAUACAUCAGAUUGGUUAGAGUCCAGAUUGACUUGAAUCUAACUGUUCCCUAAUAGUUUCAAAUAUUAUUUUUGCAUGAUGAGAUUCUUUUGUCCUUGGAAACCUUAGAAAACCCUCGUCAAAGGAACCGAAAGGAGGGACCCUAUUUUAGCCGCCCUUACAGGCCAUAAGAUUGUAACUAGACAGCAAAAUGUUUGAAGAUAGAAGUUGAGAUUUAGAGCACCAUAAAUUUUUGUAUCAGCAUGUUUCAAAUGA